CCCGUCCCUCAGGCAGGGGCAGAGGUGAACGGGCUGCCCUGGGGUGGGGAGGGGUGUGUAGGAGCUUCCUUCCCGGGGGCGGUCGGUCGGUCAGACAGACAGACGCCCUGCGCGUGGCUUUGGAGGGCGUGAGACCUUUUCAAUUUGACGAUGUCUUCUCCUGAAAUCGCUUCCCUUUCAUGGGGUCAGAUGAUGGUGAAAGGUUGUUCUACAACUUAUAAGGACUGCAAAGUGUGGCCAGGUGGGAGCCGAACCUGGGAUUGGAGAGAAACGGGGACAAAUCAUUCUCCAGGUGUGCAGCCAGCUGAUCUUGAAGAAGUUGUCAAGAAGGGAGUUAAAACUUUAGUGAUUGGUCGUGGCAUGAACGAGGCCUUGCAGGUACCAGCAUCUACAGUGGACUAUCUCAAGAAAAAUGGGAUUGAUGUGCUAGUCCUGCAAACAGAGAAGGCUGUGAAGGAGUACAAUGCACUGGUUGCUCAAGGUGUCAAAGUGGGAGGUGUCUUUCAUUCAACGUGCUAAUGAAUUAAACAAUAUGGCCCUCUUCCCCCUUAGCCAAAAAGUCUUGUGCCUUUUGACUGAAGAAAUGAUAGUAGUCAGUAUUGUGGAUUUAUAUAUAGAAUUUAAAUGAAUCUGAUUACUCACAAAUGUUCUUCUAUGGUGCUGGAUAUGGUAGACUAUUUAAUCAUGAUUCCCUACGCUUGUGAUUUUGACCUAAUCCUCUAGGUCUGAAGGCGUAAUUCAUCCUCUGACCAUUAAUGUUUGGCCCAGCUGCUGAAGUAAAAUAUUCACUUUAAAAACCUGUUAGGAAAUGAUCUGAGACUUCACUUCUUUUCCGAUUUGCAAUAGCUAUUGGAUGAUCACAUUUGGUCAGUACCAACAUGUGCCAGUUUUGAAAGCUCCCAGCACAUUUUUAAGAGCUGUAUAAAAACAGUGAAAAGCUCUGCCUUCCAUUGCCAAUCCCUUGAGCUGUCCAAACUCUUAGCUGUGCAUGCAGAGUGAAAUGAUGGUGGAUUUGCUUCUUUGGGAUGAAUAUUCUUUUAAUAACUUAUGAUUUGUAAAUUUUACAUUACAUGAAAUCAAGUCACUGGGAGCUAAAGAAAAGAUAGCCUUAAUAGUGAGAAAGUGAGCCCUAUAUUGCGAUAUGUAGUAGUACACCUCAAUAAGGAAAAAAACUAACAUAUGGUAUGAGCAGUGGGAUUACUUCAAACCCUGGCUUUAUAGUUAAUGAAAAAUAAAGCUAGUGUGCAGCAUACUAGACGAGCUGAUCAUUGCUAACUAGCUGGGGAAUGGCGGGUGGAAUAUUUAGAUCCGGUGCAGACUAUCAGUUGAACAUUAAACACAUGCAUAGAUUUUUAAUAAAAGCUGCAGAUUUUAAUCCUAAUGGUGCCUGUCUUUUUCACUUUUAUCUUGUGCUGGAUUUACUGUAGCAUAUGCCCAAUUAUAAAUUAUCUGUAAGUGUCAUAAAUAUAAAGGGAAGGAUAAACACCUUUAAAUCCCUCCUGGCCAGAGGAAAAACCCUUUCACCUGAAAAGGGUUAAGAAGCAAAGAUAACCUCGCUGGCACCUGACCAAAAUGACCAAUGAGGAGAUAAGAUACUUUCAAAGCUGGAGGGGGGGGAACAAAGGGUUCUCUCUGUCUGUGUGUUGCUUUUGCUGGGACCAGAGCAGGAGUGCAGGUUAGAACUCCUGUAAAGGGUUAAUAAGCAAUCUAGUUAGAUAUGCGUUAUAUUCAGUUUUGUUUAAAUGGCUGAUAAAAUAAGUUGUGCUGAAUGGAAUGUAUAUUCUGGUUUUUGUGUCUUUUUGUAAUUUACGGUUUUGCCUAGAGGUAUUCGUAUGUUCUGAAUCAGAUUACCCUGUAAGGUAUUUACCAUCCUGAUUUUACAGAGGUGAUUCUUUUACUUUUUCUUCAAUUAAAAUUCUUCUUUUAAGAA